UAUGGAUGCCAACGUCAAUGAGGGAUCGGACGAUGAGGGCGAUGUCUCCAAUGGUCUGUCAAGACGCCAUUCAAGAGACUACCCUAACCACUCGACAUCUGACAUGGCUUCCACGGUUCCAGACUCUCGCGACCAAUCCGACGCCGCCAUGAGCAGUGGUCACAGCCAAUCGUUCACCGCAGAAGACCUAACUCUGGCAAUUAAAAAUUCGAACAUGGCUGUGUCGCGAUGAUUGAACGGCCACAGAACUUCUUUUAGUACCACAAUCACGACCCAUCGCAACAACGUUUUUUCUACAUUCCAGAAUCAUGCCACGACUUAAGCAUUUACACAGGCGUUCUGUCAGCAUUUCAGGCGGUCUUUCUGAGUUCUUCUUUAUCGCGUGCAUUGUUGGGCUGGCCGGCGUACCCAAUACGAUGCACACUUGCACCCCAACGGGACCAGAAUGUCUUUGUGCCCUGUCCCGCCUUGCAUAUCCGCACCCUGUCAGCAGUGGUGAAACGGCGCGGCAUGCAUCUCGCUCAAUCAUGCCAGAGCCAGUCGGAAGAUGUCGGGGCCUUUUUUGGCAAGGCGAGGGCGAGCAAAACUUUACUUUCUUGUUCAAUCAUGCUUUUUGGCUUGCAUCUUGGGCUGCACAUCGCGGCCUGACACGACGCUCGGCGGCACAGCACGUGACGCUAGAAUGUAUACAUUAUAGACCACGGUGCUCUACAACCAAACGUCUCUCGAAACGCAUGCCUUGUCUAUCCAUCGUGCCUUGUUUCACUAGCGGGCAAAAUGACGUACGUCGUCAUGCCACCUAUCCAUCCAUCGAUGUUAGGUUUUCCAUGCCAACGACCGGGUCCCCUUUUCCGUGCCAUGUAGUCGCCUUCUCCCAGCCUUAUCUUGCCUUGCCAGUCUUGCCGGUCAUGCUUGUCAUGAAUCCAACCGUGCUGCCUGCCGGCAUAUCCGACCUGGGACACUAUAGAGCCUUUCGGACUUGGUUUUCCAUUAAAUGCUACGAAAAACACUCCACUCCAUUCUCCACUUUCCACUUCGCUUGCACGCGAGGGUUGGUGGGUGGUUGUGGUGUGGCCCGGCGGUUGGGGCUCCACUGGGUCCACUUCUUGGUGGGAUACUAGGUGGCACGCGAGGGAUGACGUAUGAUGAUGUGGGUAGGUAGAUUGCUCCGGCAGAGGGUUGUGGGUUGUGACUUACUUGGAACUGAGAGAAUGGAUGAGAAUGGAUGGACUGCGCUGGGAUAUAAUUAGGAAUGGUAGUGAUAUGGACGAAUAUGG